AUGUACCCACAAGAAAGGAGGUUAUUUGAGAGGUUAUCAACUCUGGUCUCCUCCACCACCUUACUCUGGUCACCUCCACCACCUUACUCUGGUCACCUCCACCACAAUUCACUGGUCACCCUCAUCACCGUACUCUGGUCACCUCCACCACCUUACACUGGUCACCUCCACCACCUUACUCUGGUCACCUCCACCACCUUACACUGGUCACCUCAACCACCUUACUCUGGUCACCUCCACCACCUAACACUGGUCACCUCAACCACUUUACUCUGGUCACUUCCACCACCUUACUCUGGUCACCUCCACAACCUUACUCUGGUCACCUCCACCACCUUACUCUGGUCACCUCCACCACCUUACUCUGGUCACCUCCACCACCUUACAGUGGUCACCUCCACCACCUUACAGUGGUCACCUCCACCACCUUACAGUGGUCACCUCCACCACCUUACAUUGGUCACCUCCACCACCUUACUCUGGUCACCUCCACCACCUAACACUGGUCACCUCCACCACCUUACUCUGGUCACCUCCACCACCUUACAUUGGUCACCUCCACCACCUUACACUGGUCACCUCCACCACCUUACAUUGGUCACCUCCACCACCUUACAGUGGUCACCUCCACCACCUUACACUUGUCACCUCCACCACCUUACUCUGGUCACCUCCACCACCUUACUCUGGUCACCUCCACCACCUAACACUGGUCACCUCCACCACCUUACUCUGGUCACCUCCACCACCUUACAUUGGUCACCUCCACCACCUUACACUGGUCACCUCCACCACCUUACAUUGGUCACCUCCACCACCUUACAGUGGUCACCUCCACCACCUUACAGUGGUCACCUCCACCACCUUACAUUGGUCACCUCCACCACCUUACAGUGGUCACCUCCACCACCUUACACUUGUCACCUCCACCACCUUACUCUGGUCACCUCCACCACCUUACUCUGGUCACCUCCACCACCUUACACUGGUCACCUCCACCACCUUACUCUGGUCACCUCCACCACCUUACUCUGGUCACCUCCACCACCUUACACUGGUCACCUCCACCACCUUACAGUGGUCACCUCCACCACCUUACAUUGGUCACCUCCACCACCUUACACUGGUCACCUCCACCACCUUACACCUCCACCACCUUACACUGGUCACCUCCACCACCUUACAGUGGUCACCUCCACCACCUUACAGUGGUCACCUCCACCACCUUACAGGGUCACCUCCACCACCUUACAGUGGUCACCUCCACCACCUUACAUUGGUCACCUCCACCACCUUACAGUGGUCACCUCCACCACCUUACACUGGUCACCUCCACCACCUUACUCUGGUCACCUCCACCACCUUACUCUGGUCACCUCCACCACCUUACACUUGUCACCUCCACCACCUUACUCUGGUCACCUCCACCACCUUACUCUGGUCACCUCCACCACCUAA